AUGGCUGGAACCGACCGUCUCAUUGGUCCAUUCAGGAAAAGUAUCCAUCCGCAGGAGGUCCUACCUCCGAUCAAUCCUGCUCCUGACCUCAAACAUGAGAUGUUUGAGCUAGAUGGAGGUAAAGUGAUCUUUGAGAAGGACGUCGCCAUCACGAUGAGAGAUGGGGUCAAGCUCUACGCCGACAUCUACCGUCCUGCGGCUAGGAUAGCAGAGCGAACUCCAUCUUUGGUGUUCUGGUCACCUUUUGGAAAACACGGGGCUGUACCCAGAGCUUUGUUUAAGAACAUGGGGGUCGACUUUGACAAGUUGAGCCCAUACACGUUCUUCGAGUUACCCGACCCAUUUCUAUGGUGCAGCCAAUACCACUACUCGUUCGUCCGCGUGGAUCCCCGCGCCACGUGGUGGUCUGAGGGCACAGAAGCGACCUACUUCUCGCCGCAAGAAGGACGUGAUGGCUACGAUGUCGUCGAGUGGGCUGCUUUACAGCCAUGGUCCACUGGCGACAUUGGCUGGGGUGCGGUCUCCUAUUAUGCAAUGUCAGCGUAUCAGACGGCCGCCCUGAACCCCCCACAUCUCAAGGCGCUAUUGUUAUGGGAGGGCAUAUCGGAUAUCUAUCGCGAAGUAAACUGUGUGGGCGGAAUACCUUCUGUUCCAUUUCAGUAUUUAUGGAUGAACUUAACCGGACAAGGUCUUGGGAGGAGCGAAGAUCAUGCAGCUGUGUCCCUCGAUCAUCCUCUUUUCGAUGAGUUUUGGCAGUCCAAAGUGGUGGACUGGGCCAAGAUUGACAUCCCGACAUUAUCGGUUACAGGUUGGUCGUCUUUGGCUUUGCAUUUACGAGGUACCAUCGAGGCAUGGAAGGGUCUCUCAUCCAAGGACAAAUGGCUCCUAGUUCACGCUGGCAGAGAGUGGAGCGAGUACUAUAAGCCUGCCGGUAUUGAAAAGCAAAAAGAAUUCUGGGACCACUUCUUGAAACGCAAGGAGAACUCGGUCAGUACCUGGCCAACUGUGCAACUCGAUGUGCGCAGGUCUGCCGAUGAAUCUGUCCGAAAGAACUGGACAAAUUUUCCUCCACCCUCGAAUCUGACAACCUUCUACCUAAGAGCCGACGGGAAUCUGGUGUUACAGCCGAGUACGGUGGAUGCGUCUCAUGCUGCUUUCAAGAGCCAUCGCGCAGAUUCUACAAUCUCUUUUGAUUACACUUUUGACAAGGAGACCGAAAUUACUGGUCACGCUUCUUUGACCGUGUUUGUUCAGUGCACGGAAUUCCCAGACGUCGAUCUCUUUGUCGCGCUUCAGAAGCUGGACGCCGAAGGGAAAGAGGUGAAAUUCUGGAACUCGAGCCAGUUUAUCGAGGCGCCGGCAUCCCUGGGCUGGCUACGUCUUUCGCACAGGGAACUGGACGAAACACGCAGCACUCCAGAAAGGCCUUAUCAUACCCAUCAGAAACGACAAUGGGUGCGGCCAUGUGACAUAGUCGAAGCCCAAGUUGAGCUUUGGCCAAGCAGUACUGUAUGGCAGGCGGGUGAGACAAUGCGAGUGUCAAUCAACGGUCGUGGAUUUCUGAAUGAAGAAAACAGAACCCAAGUACGGACACCAGUGCACAGUUGGGGAGAUGUCAGAGUGUGGUUCGGUGGUGACUACGGAAGUAGACUGCUCGCACCAAUUGUAUGA